AUGGAGCUUGAUUACCAGACACAACCCAUCCCCAUCAUGCACCAAUCGCGUGCUUGGCAGGAUCAGGACGCCAUGGGGGGCACCGUUCCCGCCUCGACAUCGACCUUCGUAUCCCGACGCCGUUCAGUGAUGAACCAUGCCCCGCCGCCCGGUCCCCCACCGUCACAACCCAUCCCAAGCGUACCUGCGCUCCCCAUGGCGCAGUACGGGAUGUAUGACAGGGUCACAGACGCGUACGAGUAUGACAACGGUACGAGCUCUCAGGUCCAUGCGUAUUCGCGUCCGUCCGGCUCGCCCAAUCUUGCUGCCAUUGCGUCAUACUCGCAAGCACGGUUGGCAGCAGCGUCGAGCUCAGGUCCUCCGCCUCCGCUCAGCGCGUCGUCGUCGUCAGAUAAUCUGUCCGACCCGCCCCCUCGCUCGAUGCUCCGUGCCAACAUCCCGCCAAGACAGCCAUCGUCCACUUCACAUGAUAUUGUCCCGGACCGCUUGUUGCUGAGCCCUCCAGAUUCUCGUCCGUCAGAGUCAAAACCUUCAUCAAGACGCGCUCUGACCAAGGCGCUGGAGCUAGCAAGGGAGGCUGUCCGUCUGGAUUCCAGCAAUGAUGACCCCUACGCGGCAGUGGUCGCGUAUGGGCAGAGUGUUGCGUUGCUCAGCCAGGUGAUGGAGCGCGUCAUGCGCGGGGAAGACAGCACGGAGUCUUACAGGAAACAGAACGGCAGGCGGAGAAGCGUAGUAGCGCAAGAAGAGGAAGUUCGACGACUCAAGUCUAUACAUGACACAUACGCUGACCGGAUGAAUAUCCUCAGCUCAAUUUACAGUAUACCACUGCCUCAGUAUUCCCCACCGUCCAUACAUUCCUCCACCCUCUCACAAUCUUCCAACUCGACGCGACCGUCUUCCCCUGCCUCAACGUCUCCCACGUCUGACUCGUCAGAGUCUGGACUUAUCCAUGCCUCGGCGCGGCGCCGCAGUCGAGAUGCGCCUCGUCAUUCGGGAGAUACUGUGCGACUAGAGGACGACGACGAACUCAGUGCUGAGGACGCAAUUGGCACGGCGCUCUCCACGUCCACGACAGUGACUACGGGUGGUCGCGUACCAUCUGCUAGUUCACCCUCAGCGCAUCCGUACGCGGCUUCAGCAGCCUCGAGUGCAGCCGCGCGUACUUCUACUGUCCCUGCAGUGCGAUCUCGACCCCGAGCCUCAUCAAUACUACCCCCUCCAGCUCCUCCUCCAACCACUACCCUUCCACCCACUCCACCUGGACCGCCGGCUGAGCCGGUAGGAACAUCACAUCUACUAGGCGCGCCAGAAACGGGGCGAUUGAGGGGCAGCUCUGUUAGUCACUCACGAAAUAACUCCGGUAGUCGCUUAUCGGCUCUGCGAGAAGAGAGACGCGAGGACGGCCUGCCUUCGUCCGAUCAUACACAUGGUGAAGACCCUACUCGUUCGCGUUCGAGGACAGCCUUGUACCCCCAUGACAUUCACCCACUACCUCCUUUGCCCGUGCCGUCGUCGCCGGACGUUGCUUCUACGCCUCGCAUUCAUGGCGCGACGAACGGACAGGCGUCAGAGCCUGCAUCUCCACAUGCGAGCUCGCAUUUCACAACGCCAAGACCAAGGGGCGGGUCGACCUUCUCGACGCGUUCAGAGGCCACGCCGACGAAGAUGCCACCGAAUUUGAUCAACACCUCGCCGAACUUGGGCACCAUCUCUCAACGGCGGGGCAAGACCUCAGCGCCGCCCUCAUCGACGACUUCGUCAUCACCGACGGACUCGACUAUGUCGGCCGCGUCUGUGUCUAACAUGGCCCGCCUGGCGACAGGAACGCUUCCUGCGAGCACAGUUUCCAGCUUGGGCAUGGCUGGUCGGAACCGAGCUUCUUCACAGCCCGGCAGGCGACCUUCCGUCGCAGGGCCUACCUCCUACUUCCCACCUGGCGCAACCGCCGUGCCUAGCACUGCGCCCAUCCCGCGGAAGGCGUCGAUACCGUCUUCGCGUCUCAAUCCGAACGCACCCCCCGCGAUCUCUAUCAACACGGCGCUGAUGUCACCGCCAUUGGGAGCUAUGGCGCCUCUUGUUCCCCCUCCGCCAAUACCGUACACUAACAUUCCCAAUGCUCCCUUGUCUCCCCUCCCUUCAUUGGCGCCCCCCGAUCCAGUGCGCAAGCCCUACCACAUGAUGACCCUCCUCCGGCAGACGAUGGUCUCCAAGACCGGUGGGUAUAUUACGAGGCGACUGCACGUCCCGCAAGAGGUCUGGUCGCAGGGCGGCGCGAAGCUGACGAAUAUACCGGAGAAGAUCCGCGUCGUCGAGGUGCUCUGUUCCUCGCUCGAGGAGCUGCAGCACUGGAGCGUGGAAUACUUCGGCGCGGGGAGCGUGAGCAGCGGGAUGGUGCUCGGGAUCGGGAGCAUUGGCCGCCGCGAGGGCGAGGGGUGGUCGACGAAGAUGGAGGAGUUCGCGAACGUGUGCGACGGCGUCGUGGGCAGCUUUGGCAAGAAGCUCGGUGUCGGCGAGGGCUUCGUCAUGAAAAAGAACAGCGGCGUGACUUCAUGGGGCGGCAAGCUCACCCGACAGUUCGACAAAUUCACGAAUGGCAAGAACCUGGACUCCCCUGCUUCCUACGUGCAAGGCCUGUCGAAGCUGUUUCAGAUCGUUCAGAUCCUGGACGAACACACGAAGGCCGCCACCUCUGUACCGCCUGCACCCCUCUAUGCAGGGUUCCCUGUAGACAUCCGGCAAGGCCUCGAGUACAAGCUCCGUCAUGCCUCUGAGUUCUUCGCGAAAGUCGUCCUCACGUUCGUCAUCGGGGACAUGUCGCUCCUCCUCGACAAGUACGUGAAGAAGUGCGAGAAGUGGCUCGCGGAGUGA